AUGCGGAGCCCUCCGAGCCGGUGCGCCGUGGCUCGCGCCCUGGUCCUGGCCGGCCUCUGGCUGGCCGCAGCCGGGCGCCCCCUAGCCUUCUCGGAUGCUGGGCCGCACGUGCACUACGGCUGGGGCGAAUCCGUCCGCCUCCGGCACCUGUACACCUCCGGUCCCAACGGCCUCUUCAGCUGCUUCCUGCGCAUCCACUCAGACGGCGCCGUGGACUGCGCCCGGGGCCAGAGCGCGCACAGUUUGAUGGAGAUCAGGGCAGUCGCUCUGCGUACCGUGGCCAUCAAGGGCGACCGCAGCGUCCGGUACCUCUGCAUGGACGCCGACGGCAAGAUGGAAGGGCUGACUGAGUACUCGGCCGAGGAUUGUGCUUUCGAGGAGGAGAUGCGCCCUGAUGGCUACAACGUGUACUGGUCCAAGAAACACCAUCUCCCUGUCUCUCUGAGCAGUUCCAGGCAGAGGCAGCUGUACAAGGGCAAGGGCUUUCUGCCCCUGUCCCACUUCCUGCCCAUGCUCUCCAGCAUCCCAGCAGAGCCCGAGGAACUCCAGGACCACCUGGAGCCCAAUUUGUUUCCGUUGCCCCUGGAAACAGAUAGCAUGGACCCCUUUGGGAUCGCCACCAAACUGGGAGUGGUGAAGAGUCCCAGCUUCCACGAAUAA